UGGAGUGUGAGGGGAGAAUUGUGUCAUUGUGAGAAGGCUGUGCUGGAUCUGACCCUGACCACGACGAGACGUGCAAGUGUGAAAUCCAUCUGAAAGGGUCGCACGGCUGGAGCUGCAAUAUAAAGUAAAGAUGCUCAUCUUUCAGCAACACACUCCUAAGAAUCUGAAACUGGUGCAUGAGUAUGAAAAAGUCUCACACAGUGGCAGGCGGGGGACUGCGCCCAGUCAUGGCGGACCACAGAAACAAGAUCCGACGAGACACACAGCAGGAGAGGAAGGAACAAAUGGAUGGCAAAGACAAACUUUUAUGGCAACAUUCUGCUUUGGCUGUACAUUUUCAUUUCAUUGAGAUGACGGGGAUGUUACCGUUAUUGCAGACCCAUGGGUUUAAUAACUGCACAAUGGAAUCCUCAAUAAAUGGACGAACUGCUGGAGGAUGCAUGAGGAAGACAAUCAAAUUUAAGGAUUUGUUUUGCAGAGGCAUAUGUAGAGGUCUGGAUCUAAUAGUUGUGCAGUGUGGGCUCCACGGAGACGUGGCUUAUGGAUGCUGGAACUAUGAGUGUAAGCGACAAAAGGAGCUACUUAGCGGACCUGGGGGGAGGCUUCACUGAGGAUGCUCCCAGGCCUCCAGUCCCAGGGGAGGAAGGUGAGCUUGUGUGCAGUGACGGACGCCAAUGCAGCAACCUAGGCUUCUCCUUAAAGAAUGAGAGCCUCAAAUGUGAGGCAUCUGUGGCUACACCCAGACGACCCGACUUGGACCUGGGUUAUGAGCCGGAGGGCAGUGCCUCUCCGACACCACCCUACCUAAAGUGGGCAGAAUCUCUUCACUCCCUCCUGGAUGACCAGGAUGGCAUCCAAUUGUUUAGGAUGUUUCUCAAGCAGGAGGAAUGCGCAGAUAUGCUGGACUUCUGGUUUGCAUGCAGUGGUUUUCGCAAACAAGAAGCUAAUGAGGGUAACGAAGAGAAGAAGCUGAAACUGGCAAAAGCUAUCUAUAAGAAAUUUGUCUUGGACAACAAUGGGAUUGUUUCCAGGCAGAUCAAACCAGCCACCAAGUCCUUCAUUAAAGACUGUGUGAUGAAGCUUCAUAUUGAUCCAGCAAUGUUUGACCAGGCUCAGACUGAGAUACAGACUAUCAUGGAGGACAACACCUACCCUUUAUUCCUCAAGUCUGACAUUUAUUUGGAAUAUACAAGGACAGGAGGAGAGAGCCCUAAGCUGUACAGUGAUCAGAGCUCUGUUUCUGGUAAUGGGAAAGGACUGUCGGGUUAUUUGCCGACUUUAAAUGAAGAUGAGGAAUGGAGAUGUGACCAUGAGACAGAGGAGCAGCCCGAGAGUGACCCCACGCCAAGCAACCGGCUUACCCAGAAGCUGCUAAUGGAGACAGUACCGCAGCGAGUUGCCAACAUUGCAAGAUUCCAGGACAGUCACGAGUACAGGCACUCUCCAUGUCGGGAACCCAUCAACCCGUACUACAUCAACACAGGUUACGCCCUGGCCCCUGCCACCAGCGCCAAUGACAGUGAGCAGCAGAGUAUGUCCAGUGAUGCGGACACGAUUUCCCUUACCGACAGCAGUGUAGAUGGGGUUCCACCCUACAGAUACCGCAAACAGCAUCGCCGGGAGAUGCACGAAAGUGCCAAAGCAAAUGGGCGAGUGCCACUACCUCAUAUUCCACGCCCAAACCGGAUUCCAAAGGACAUUCAUGUGGAGCCAGAACGUUUUGCUGCAGAGCUGAUCAGCAGACUGGAGGGAGUGCUGAGGGAGAGAGAGGCUCAAGAGAAACUUGAGGAGCGACUGAAGAGAGUUCGAUUGGAAGAGGACGGUGAUGAAAUCCUGCCCACAGCCACAACAUUAGCUGGUCACAGGUUCCUCCCUGGUGCCUUCCCGCAGAAUCACAACUCCCGCUACACUGACGUCACCUACAAUGGUGCUUUUCUGAGAGACGCUCAUGAAGAGAACCCAGAGAGUAUCCUGGAUGACCACGUCCAGAGGGUCAUGAAAACCCCUGGCUGCCAGUCACCUGGGGCAGGUCGCCACUCACCCAAGUCACGCUCACCCGACAGCUUCCCAGGGGUCAAAGGGAUUGGACUUGGAAUGCCGCUGUCCUCAGGCCAGGGCAAACACCCAUCCAGGCAUGGCCUGAAGGGAGAGAGCAGCCACCUGUACCACCACAAACACAUGCAUCACAUCAACCACACAGGCAUCGGAAAGCCCAAAGAGCAGGUAGAGGCGGAGGGAGCCAUGCGUGUGCACGGCACCUUUCCCUGGGGAGUGGAGACGAGUCAUUAUGGAUCAAGGUCUCGCAGCUACGCUGAUGGCAUGGGAUCCAGCUCCAUGGAACAUACAGGUAGCAAAGGUGGCACACAGUGUAAAAAAGUGUACAGGAAAGGUGAGGAUGUGCGACCUUAUGACAUGGUGGGAUCUGGAGAAGAGUUGGAGAAAAACCAGAAGAUCCUUUUGUGGCUGAUGGAGGGACAGAAAGAAAUGGUUCAGCAGAAGAGAAGCCCGUACGGGAGCACCACUGGCUCCAAGAGGACCACAGCCCACGAGGGAUCCCGUCUGAGCUCUGUGGAGAGACCAGGCUCGGUGUACCCGUGCGGUGGCGCCCAGCUGCGGAACAACGUGCAGCCAUCACACCCUUUCAUCCAGGAUCCCACCAUGCCCCCCAACCCAGCUCCCAGCCCCCUCAUCCAGCUGGAGGAGGUUUGCCGGCGGCUUGAAGAGGAGAAGAUCAAAUCUGGAACUCUACAGCCCAAGCAAAGGUACGUGAUGGAGGUGAUCCAGAGGGGUCGAACCGCGGUGAGGCCUGCACUGUUCCCUCCACUCAGCGUGGUGCCUGCCGUUUCUGACAGCGAGCUCUCCGAGCCUGAACAUAAAGCAAGUAAGAGGCAGCCGUGUGAGAACACAGUGGUGGCAUAUUACUUCUGUGAGGAGCAGAUUCCAUACAGGACGUCUGUCAAAGGCAGAGUCGUCACUCUGGGCCAGUUCAAAGAACUGCUCACAAAGAAAGGAAAUUACAGGUAUUAUUUCAAGAAGGUGAGCGACGAGUUUGACUGCGGGGUGGUGUUUGAAGAGGUCCGCGAAGAUGAUGCUAUCUUGCCCAUUUUUGAGGAGAAGAUUAUCGGGAAAGUUGAAAAAAUUGAUUGAAGUGCACGUUGAAAAGGAGGAGGAAGUAGAGAAAGGCGGCGCGUGAUGGAACGAGGAGCGACUGGAUGGUGAAGAGGAAGUUUGAUGAGAUGAAGAACGUUGGAGCAGGGAAGAAACAGAUUCGGUGGAGAGAAGAGUGAAGCAGUGGCCUCAGCGGGCGUAGCGCUGCUGCAGAGACUAGAAAAAGACCUUAUUCACUUCUUUGUAAGUGUGAUGUAGACUUGUAAAGUUUAAUAGAUGAAUGAAGAACAAAAGUGCUUCUAAAGCUACAUAUUUUUGAUAAAAUGUAUCAGAGGGCGAGGGAGUCCUUUUUAAUAUAAUCACACUUGUAUGAAUUUUUAUAUGUAUUGGUACCGGAUGUGUACAGUUUGUGUUUAAAGAUAACAAAAUUUUAUAUCUAUUUAACUAUUUAAAAGAGCUCAUUUUCAAUCAUAUUGAAGCAGGAGUUUGGCCCCUGUUGAAGACCAUCAAAGUUCUUUAUAGAACUAAGUUUUGUUGUUAGUCAGUUAGUUUUGUUCGUCGUUCACUGGAAGGGCCCUCUGGACUCUAAAGUGCUUUUAAUACUUCACUUCAGAUUUUUAAUUUGCGGCUGCACUUUCAUUGUAUUUAUAUACCACUGACCGUCUCAGUUGAGCCUGCAACAUGAUUUACCUAAAGGACACAACACUGAGUGACCAGAAAAACAGAAACUCCUGUGCAGUUGAAUGCAUUCCACAAUAAGAGCACAGCGUCGUAUAAUAGUGCUUUUUUGAAGCUUGUAAUCAUUUUUGAGAUUCAGACCUUGUGUUGCUGUCGUAAUGGAUUCAAAAUACCACUUUUACAUGUACCACUUUUAUACAUAAAAAUAUAGUCUCAUGAUAAUAGUUGGCGUAGUGUGAAAUCAGUCCCUCUCUGACACACUUUCAACAUAAAUCUAAUAAUUGAUUUCUGUUCUAUUGGGUUGUAUUAAUGCACAUUGCUCAGGUUAUUUUAUUUUUCCGGUCGGUCAGUAUAAUCUGCAUGUAAAUGGAGCUGAUGGCUGUGUUUGUGUACAGUCACUCACUGCAUUGUUUUCACCUACACUCAGCUGAAAAUGAAGUUUAAAGAAAGCUGCCUUCAACUUAAACACCAUAGAUGCAAUAAUACUUAAAAACAUGAUUGGAAAUUACAAGGUGAAUAUCUAUGCAAAAGAUGGUUUGUGAUUUUGUUGUUGCCCUGCUCUAAAAUCUACACUGGAAAUCCAUUGUAUUUGAUGUGUAACAUUAGAAAAGUGUUCAAACUAGUUUGACCAAUUCACACAAAUUGCGUAUCGUGCUGAUUUUAGGUGAAAAGUUAAAACUAUCCUUGCAGCACAGAGCAAGUUGAGGCUCUGGUGCGUAUUUGUGGAAUCCAGAAAGUGUCUAAAAGUUUUGCCUUCAACUUCUACUGAUCAUUGCAAAUCUGUGGCCUAAAGGUUUCUAAGAACUUGUGCAAGAUCAGUGGGUGAAAGUUCCUUAACUGAGAAAAGAAAGUUUUUAUGGAUACAAAAAGCAAGCUGGGUUACCUGCAAAUUGGUUUGGAUGAGUUCUGAGUCUUUUUGUAUAUUUAGGUAAACAAAUAACAGAGCAUUUACAUUUUAAGACAAAUUUUAAUGUCAAUUACAAAAUUUGCCAAGUGGGGCCCAAACCUCAGCAUAAAACUGUAAAAACAGUCAGGAAAUUAAAAAUCCUGUUCAAUUAAAUGUCAUAUGGUAAUUCAUGCAUUACUUUAAGGUAAUACCUCCGUCUGUUCAUCAAGCUAAAUUGUAUUUGGGUUGAUGUCUGCAGGGAUUCUCUACAGGUCCAACUCUGCUGACUAGUAAUUGAGUAAUUUGACCUUUAUUUUGAUAUAAUUAUUCUGAUCAUGCGUGUUGUUAAAUUACUAUUUGCCGGAUACAUUUAUUUGAAGAUAUUUAUAUAUUCUUAUUAUUUACAGAUAGACAUCAACAAUUAUAAUUAAUUUGCAUAAAUGAAAAAGUCACAUCCGGCAUCAGAAGUUGAUGAAACAGAAGAGCAGCAUUUCCACUUGUAGACUCACUGUUAAGGUCCCGCAUGUUGUGCAGAGAACGUCCUUGGCCCGAGGUCAAAGUGUUCAAACACGAACUUCUCCAAUCCCCAAGUCUUACCACCUUAAACCUUCAAUCACAGCUUCUCAUCAGCUGAGAAAGGGCUGCACUGAGAACUGAUUUCUAAUCUGUAGCCUUCUCUUGUUUAUCACAGCUCCAUCUUGUGCCUGACAGGAAUGAAUUGUUAAGUGCAAGUUUCUGAUCUACUCCUGAUAGAUCACAUUACACCAAAGAGAACAAAAGCAGAUGUUAGGAGUAGUUCUGAAUUACCCUUAUUACACUUAUUGCUAGAAUUGAUUCUUAGCAAACCUUGAAUGCAUUUUUUUUUUUUUUAUGCAAGGAGUGUUCGACUUUGACAUUUUUGGUGCAUCGUGACAUGACCGUGAACAUUUGGAUCAAUCGUGCACAUAGGACACGUAGAUCUAGUUAUUAUUACAACGUCCCAGACAAUUUUUCUCUGAUUGGAAAUGUGAAAUCUUUUGCACUGUAAUAGCACACGAAAAAGAAAGCGAUGGCACAGAGUUACCGGGGAAGCUACAUGACAAUAAGAUGCAAGGUCAUGUAUUUUUCAUUCUCUAUUUCAUCAUUGUUGCUGAAGACCAUAGUGAGGAACGCUGUUAUAAUGAGAGCCCUUUAUUUGCUGAGGAAUAAUGUGCAGAAAGAUGAGUGAACCCUCAAUCCAGAGUGCUGUAUUGUAUGUGUUGUUGCAUAGAAACCCAGUGUGGGGAAUAUCAUUAUUUAAUGUUUGUUUGAGAUGCAGUAUUUGAAUUUCCUAACUUAAAUCAUAACUUUAAUAUAUUUAGUGCAUUUGCCUCCAGUCGGCCUUUGUACCAGAUCCAGUGAAAUACUAUUUGUUGUUUUCAAUUUAUUUUGAAAUUGUAGUGACAAAUCUGUUGUGAAUCUUACUGUGAAAGCCCCAAAAGCGAAAUUCCCUUAUUCGAGAUCAAUGACAUGUAUAUAAACAUCAGAGUGCCUUUAUUAAUAUGCUAAUGAUGUCUGCAGUUUGACUUUCAGACACGUGGGGGAUAUAAAUGCCAGGGACUAGCUUUAUUAUCAACUUUAUUUUUUUGUUUGGACUUUUCUUUUUAUUAUUAUUGUAUUUGCAAACUUGCUCAACUGUCACUAUUCCAUUUAUGUAAAUAUGUACAACGUGAAUCGUCAUCAACCAGCAGCCCAGUUAGCACAAUCAGUACCCUGGACCUGUUUCUGUUCACUAGCAUGGUCACCGUUGGUACCUUGACAAUAAAUACAUGCAGUA